AACCGGAAGUAGCUAGAAUCACCGGCAGCCUGAGCGACUGACAGGAUCCUGAGGUUCAGAGAGGAGGCAGCCAUGGAGUUGGGCGAACUGCUGUAUAACAAGUCCGAGUACAUCGAGACGGCAUCUGGGAACAAAGUUAGUCGCCAGUCUGUUUUGUGUGGAAGCCAGAACAUCGUUCUCAAUGGCAAGACCAUUAUAAUGAAUGACUGUAUCAUCCGAGGAGACCUGGCAAAUGUAAGAGUUGGACGUCACUGUGUUGUGAAAAGCCGUAGUGUCAUAAGGCCACCGUUCAAAAAAUUCAGCAAAGGUGUUGCAUUCUUUCCUCUGCAUAUUGGGGAUCAUGUCUUUAUUGAGGAAGACUGUGUGGUCAACGCUGCCCAGAUUGGUUCUUAUGUUCACGUUGGGAAGAACUGUGUGAUUGGGCGCCGGUGUGUCUUGAAAGACUGCUGCAAAAUUCUUGACAAUACAGUAUUACCUCCAGAAACUGUGGUCCCCCCAUUCACUGUCUUCUCCGGCUGUCCAGGACUCUUCUCAGGGGAGCUCCCAGAGUGCACACAGGAGCUGAUGAUCGAUGUCACCAAAAGCUACUACCAGAAGUUUCUACCCCUAACACAAGUCUAGUGUCUGUGCCUCACGCCUUUAAUUCUUCUGAACUCCAAGAUGGACCUGGAGAUGAGAAGGGCAGUUGGUGACGACAGAGCUGCUGUGUUCACACAACUUUACUCUCCUGGUUGGUGGGGUUUUUGUUUUGGUUUGGUUUUUAAUUUAGAAGUUUUCAAUCUUCCAUGGAUCUGAGCAUUUAAGAAUUUAAAAGAAGACUGGAGAGAUGGCUCAGUGGUUAAGCAUGCUGGUUGCUCUUCCAGAGGACCCAGAUUCAGUUCCUAGCACCCACAUGGCCCUACAACUGUCUGUAACUCUUGUUCCAGAGGAUCUGAUGGGUUUCUGGCUUCCAUGGUCACCAAACGUACACAUGGUAAAGACAUAUAUGCAGCCAAAAUAUCCCUUCACAUAAAAUAACGAACUUUUUAAAGAAUUUUAAUAAGAACAUCUGGAAGAGUUGUCUUUAUACACCGUGCUUACACCUGUCAACAGUCACCAUACCAUUGUCUGAAGAGGACAGAAAGUUCUGUUGCUGACACUCCAGCCUGUGGUUCCGCAGAUGGCUGGAACCUGCCUGGCGUGGACCUGCAGAGCAGUAGCACCCACCCAGCAUGGGGUCACAUGGCCCCAGUACUGCUCACAACCCUGUCCUGUCCCACUGCACACCAUCCACACAGAUGACGCUCUGCUUUCGCUGCUGAUAUGGAACCAAUAGCCACAAUUUCUUGUACCCUGGGGAAAGUAUGAUUUGAGCUUAGGUUCCUGUUGAUUUUGAGAACGUGAGGAAAAGAGACAGGCUGUGGUGACUUGUACCAGUCAUCCAAGUACCUUGGAGGUAGAAGCAGGAGGAGUUAAGAGCUACAUAGUGAGCUCACACUUGCCUGGUGUGCUACAUGAGAUCCUGCUUCAAAAGAACAAAAAUAAAGUCAGUAAAAGAAAGAAAUGUGGAGCAGAUGGUAUCUGUUGUUCAUUCAGGAUGACCUUAAUUGUUAUAAAGUAGUUAAUAAAAGACUUAAAACAUCC